AUGACUCGAGGAGACCAUCGCUUUGCUGCCACCCUCCUUGCCCAUGCAGCCGCGGCAGAUCCAGAAAGUCUCGACUCGCGAGCACGGGAUCUCCUCGCAACAGCAUAUGAAAAGCUUGGCUUUGGUGCGGAAAACGCAACAUGGCGCAAUUUCUACCUCACAGCCGCACAAGAGCUCCGUACAAAUAAGAAAGCCGGAAUGGUGGCAGGCGGCCGUACACCGCUAGGCGAGAAGUUGAGCGUCGAGCAGUGCUUUGAGAUCCUGUCUGUGCAGUUGAAUAGCGAGCAGGCCUCGGAGGCCUCCUUCAGUAUAGAUCUGGAUGUGACAGAUAUUGCGGAAAAGUGGAGGUUAAUUCUCAGUAACGGGGUGCUCACCCGCCGGUAUCUCGAUAGUCAAGCACAUUUGAAGGACGCACAAGAGAACAGCGCCGACCUGCAGCUGGAGCUCACCAAGGCCCAAUUGCUGGAACUCAUGCGGGGGAAUGGCGUGUCGGAUGUGCGGCAAAGUGGGAGGUUUGAGGUCCUGGAGCAGCUGGUCAGGCUGGUUCAGGUGGAGGAGAACUCAGCGAGAGGGCCCAGUCAGAUUUAA